AUGACAGACUCAGAUUCACAGGCAAGUGUGGUAGGAAUGCCAAAAUGUCCUUGGUAUCUGCACUGUAUUCCAAUCGAUACCGCUAAAAGUGUCUUUGCUAUCAAGGAAUUCAAUGGGGAGCAUAAAUUUGGUGGUGCUUAUAAGCUGAAGUACCCACCUGUGAAGAAGAAAUUGAUUAAGCAUCUAUUCAAGGAUCAAAUACAGUCAAAUCCGUCGAUAAAGCCUAAUGAUAUGGUUGCUCAGGUAAAGAGUUGUUAUGGUAUUGACAUAAAAUACCAUCAUGCUUAUAAAGGGAAGGAAGCAUCUAAGGCAGUGAUAUAUGGCGAUGAUUUAAAAAAUUAUACAGAUCUUAUUUGGUAUGUUGAAGCAAUAAAGGCUACCAAUCCUAGCAGUUAUAUUAAGUUUGAGUAUGAUAAAGAGACUAAACGUUUUCAGAGGCUUUUCAUAUGUUUUGCUGCCUGUAUGGAAGGAUACCGGUUCAUUCGCCCUAUGCUUUACUAUGAUGCAACAUUUCUCAAUGGGAGAUUCAAGGGAACAGUGAUGGCUGCCACUGGUGUAAAUGGAAACCAAGGAUUUUUUCCUUUUGCGUAUGCUUUAGUUCCUGUAGAAGACAUUAAAGGGUGGGAGUGGUUUAUGGAGAACUUGCAGCAUUUUGUCGACUCUCGUCCUAUCACCUUUAUCACUGAUCUUCAUGAAGGGCUGAAGCAAAGUAUUCCCAAGUAUUUUCCCAACUCUUAUAAUAGUUACUGUUUCCAUCAUUUGAAGAAUAACCUCCCCAUCAAGAAAUCACAUGAGAAGUAUAACCAAGUUCAAGAUUUGUUCCAUAAAGCUGCAUACUUCUACAAUGUUGCUAAAUAUGAGUCUUCUUUAAAUGAGAUGUGUAUCAUAGGAUGUGGUUGGGUUGCCAAGUACAUCAAAAAUAUCGAUCCCAAGCAUUGGGCAAAUGCUUUAUUCGUAGGAUGUAGGUAUGAGACACACUCGUCAACUAUUGCAGAGUCUUUCAAUAACUGGAUUCUUCCUGAAAAUGAUCUGCCUCCAGCUGCUCUUGUUAUGAUAUUAGGAUAA